AUGACCUUCUUAAACCAUCCUAAUAACUUGUGCCUUGUCACCCUUCACUUCCCUCCUUCCACCUCUUGCCACUGCCCUGACCAUGUGCCGCCUAGGGAGCUUGGCAAGAAAUUUUGUAAAAUUUUGAACCUCAAAAAUACCUCAAAUAACAACCCUACUAACAUCCUUAAUAACUUUUGUUCCGGCCUCGAGAAAUUCCUCGGCUUCGACUCUACUUCCAAAGGCUACGAUGGCAGUGGCAUUGUGUACUCUGACCUGGAUAGGCUGUGUGACGGGGUGAUGGGAUUUUUGAGUGGUGUUCUCAGUAACAUCAAAGAGCAUUUAGGGCAGCAUAAAAAUACUUUAAAUGAAGCAAUUACAUCACUUAACACCAAUAAACACGGCGGUAAAAUAGGUUUUAAUAUUGCGAUUGGACAGGUGGUCGAAGGGGUGCGGGGGUAUAAUGAUGCCGUCUCAGUGUCUAAUAACCUCGUCAAACAAGAAGUAAAAAAACUCAAUGAUAAGGUAAGUAAUGCAUUUUUGAAAGACGUAGAUAAUGUUUUAGCAGACGUGAGAGAUAAGCGUGGUAAUCUCAUACCGUACCAAGAUAAGCAAGUGAAGCAGGCCGUCGGACAGAUUGACGCCAAGUUGGAAGAGUGCAAACAAAAUGCUCAGACAUUCAUUAAUAACUUAGACACUGAACGUAGCGUACUUAAAACAUCAAUUAAUGACUUAAAUAGCGAUUUGAAACAUAAGCUUGAGAACGUGCGUAGGACAGUUGAGUAUGAGAGCGAGCGGCUGGGGAGGGUGAAGGAGCAGGAAAGCAAGGAGUUGAAAAAGACUAUUGAGAAGAUUGGUGAAGUGAUGAGCACUUUGAAAGUGGAUGUGGAUUGUAAAAUCGGUGAGGACGUGAAAAAGUUUGUGGAUGAACUGAGGAAGAGAGUUACGCCUAUCAAGAAGAAUUUGGAGAAGAUUGCAACGGAUCUUUCACAAUAUGUUCUAGAGUUGGAGCAGUGGAUAGAAAAAACGCAAAGUUUCAUUCACGGCGUAAGGGAAAAGAGUUUGGAUGCCAUUGUAAAUGAGGCGAACGACAGCCUUACCAGUAAAAAAUAUCCGAUCGAGCAAGAUGCAAAGGAGUUGUUAAAGUGGAAAGAUACCCUUCAUUUUCACAUUGACAACAUCAAAAGUACGCUGCAAGACAAGGUGAGAGAAGUAAAGAGUGCGAUUGGCGUGAUUGGCAGGAAGUUUAAUGACGGUAUCAGCGAGGUGCCAGAUAGUAUUGAGAAAAUAAUGCAGCAUAUAAAGGGUAAAAUAGAAAUCAUUGAGGGGCAUGUGGGAGAUAAAAAAGAUGCGGGAUUGCCAGCCGACCACCGUGAUGCAAGUAUUUAUCAUAACUGGUGUGUUCUUAAAGAGGAAAUUAGAGACCAUGUUGAUCUAAUUGAGGGGCGGAGUGGUAGAAGUAAAGUUCGUAAUGAUAACGGUAUUACACAGAUUAGACAAGGCGUAAUCAAGUAUGCCGCGUUGUUUAAAGAGUCGAAUGGAGAUGACGUUGGUUUUGGGAAAGUAUUAAAGGAAUGGAUACCGGAAAUAGUUAGUAAUGAAGCAGUUAAAGGUUGGAUUGAGAAGUAUAUUGAAGAUAAUACUUGGAACAGUUAUUUUAAUGGAGAGCUGAGUGCUAGGGGACGUGCAAGCGUACGUCCAUAUGUUACGAAGAAAAUUAUUGAGCAAAUAAAGGAUGGUAUCAAUCAAAUUGGACCCCAAAAAACAUUUGCCCAUAAUAAUACAGUCGAUGACUAUUUGUCAUAUGUUAAAAAUUAUCUGAAUAAGUUUUCUGCUGAAGUGAUAAAAAAGGGGGACGAUAUCACUAACACUAUCGACGGCCAGGUACGAUACGAUCGCAAGUUGGUACAGUUUGGCAGCACGGGUCGUCCUAACAACACGCAUCUCACACUCGCCGUCAAAGCCACUGUGGGAGUGUUGGCAGUAUUAGCAAAGCGUGUUGCUGAACAAAUUGCAUCAUUCACUGACGGUGGAGAGAUUAAAGUAGGCGCCAACUUGACGCACAUUUCGAAAAAAGUGACCGAAAUUAAUAAUCAAGUUGACGACAAUGUAAACAACGCCUCACCAGGCGUGGACUACGGCGGCAAAAUCGAUGUGGCUUUACAAGAACUUCAUACUAAAAUUAAGAACCUCCAUGGACAGCUUGGGAUGACACUUGCAACCAGCUCCACAGGAGGUGACACAGACACACUCGCAUCCUAUGUUGACAGGAAUAUCACGGCCAUCGAUACAUACGCCGAUAGUAUUGACAUUGAACACAUUAAGAGCAAUUUAGUUACCUUGUCAAACAAUAUCAACGAACAUCUCGCCACUCUGUCCGACGCCGUUUCUACAAGCACAAAUGCAGUUCGACGGAAAUUGACUGAGUUGCAGAAUGAGCGCAUCGGCAACGCUGCAAAAAGCGGUACCGUAGCAGAAGAUACUCUUCAGGAAAUUCAUGAAAAACUUCACGAGCUGCAAACUGGCCCCGUGUCUACGGCCCUCAAAGACGCCACCGAUCUACUUGACUCGUACCUAGCCGGAGCCGAUAAGCAUUACACUCAACUAAUUUCAGACCACGUCAAAAAGGACAUCCAAAAAGCCACCGACAAGCUCACCACCCACGCCCGCAAAACGUACGUCGAGGCCAUCAAGUUCCUGCUCACGGAGUUUGCCGGCAAGGUGAGGACUGAGUUGAGGGAUCUGCCCAGGAAAAUUGAUGCGGACUUGAAGAUUGGAUUUAAGGGGUUCAUGAAAGACUUCCACGUUCCUCUUACUAAUGAUUUACGCAACGGUGAUUAUACUGUUCAUAAGUUAUCAUACGCCUUUAAGCUCUGUUUCGGGCCAUGGCAAAUGCUGCUGGAACGUGAGAUCGACAGAGUGGAUAUGGAGGAAAGGAAAAGAAAGAAUCGCGCGCCGACAGUUUCUGAGGUUACGUACACUAAAAAGCUUAAAUCUGUUUUCGGCGCACUCGAUGAGGUGCUCAUGCACUUCACCAGCAAGAAUGGGUAUGACCAUGAGACGCACGGAAAGCUUGACAAGCUCGACGCUGAGAUCGCCGGACUAAAACCAGAAACCUUCGCCAAGCCGAACACUGCCAUACUCGACAGCAUUGCCGCUGGGCUCACCAAAUUUGUUAGUGAGAUGAGAAGCGUCUACAUAUCGAAGUAUGAUCGUGCGUUGCUUACCGAUGAUUUGACGACUAACCAUCGGAUUAAAGUCACAACCGAAAAAUCUGAGAAUACGUAUGAUUUGACAGCGUACGGCAAGAAGUGUUCGAAGGUGUGUCUCACCGUGUUUUCGAUUCUCUUCAACGCUCUGGUCGAGAUGAGGAGAGUAUGCGGUCAGGUUGGGAAUGUCAAGAGAAUCUAUGCGUCAACCAGCGACAAAAAGAAUCCGCUCGGUGAUUUCUUCCGGUCGAAUGGCUACCACGUUGCCACUGACUCUUCGAAGCAGGACGGUGAAUUGCGUAACCAUGGGGAGUGUAGGAGCCAUAACAUUUUGGAGCUGCUCGUUGCUCCAUCUGCGGUAUUUGAUAAGCGAUCGUCGCAGGAUCACUCCGGAUUACUUAAGGAUCUAUUUGACUACCUCCACUUUUACUACCAAAUCUGUCACUUUACUGCCACCUCCAAAAAACACCCGUCUUCAAUAUUCGAUAUGCUAUGCUGGCUGACCGGUCUCUCUCACAAUCGCGUCCAUCACGAGUUGACACUCAACGGUUUCGCUAACCUGUUUGAAAAACCACAGGAAACGGCAUCGGAAGCGAGUGAUCAAAACGCUGACCCUGUCGUUAGGGAGGAUGACGACACGGAUGACAGCGAGAUCACUCUCAAGACGGAAGAUGACAAUGCGUUGGAGGCUUACCCGAAGAAGAUCACAGCUACUUGCCUCUCGGAUACCCUCACAGCCGUAUGCCACCAAGCCGAAGAGACUCUUAUUGUUCUCUUGGGUCACGGCCACGGUGACGGCAUCUACGCCUGCGACUUCAACACCAACCCGCAAGGCUUCCAGUAUCCCACCAACAUGGACACCUUAGUAUGUAUGCUAUGCGAAAUCGUAAACCGCCUGUACAACCAACUGUAUUUCUUGUUAGAUCAGUGCAAACGUUCAACUUCGAUGAGUGGCUGGCGUGAGUGCGAAUACGGUCAAGGCGUCGGUGGCUCGGGUUGGCGGUGCAAUGACCUCAGCUGCGGCGAUUGCAACAGUGCCGAGAAAUGCAAAAGGCAUCCAAGGUGCGGCGUAAAAUCACCUCUACAAUCUUACCUAGAGGACGGGUUACGGGGCUUCCUACCGCAUAACCUAGAUGGGAACUCCGGCAAACUCAACUGCCCGGUCAAAAGCCAUACCAACGGGCCAUGCAAAACGCCCAUGGGCUUCAAGGAUAUUUCCAUCAUGGCAUCGCACAGGUACACUGGCAGGCAUAUUAGAUAUGUGCUUGCUGAGUUCUGCGGCACUGCGUCAUCUCCCCUCACUGCCAUGUGCUCUAUGCUCCGUUGUGUGCUGCCCAGUGCUCCCAAAACAUUUGAUCAGAUGUUCGCAUUCUUCCAAUGUUUGCUUGUCGACUGGAAUGAUCAGAGAUUUAAAUCACUUAUAACGCACAGAGAAGAGGCGUUCAACAGUGCCGUCAUUGCUGCAAAUUUUGAAAAUUCCAGUACCCAGCUGGAAAUCACGCCGAUGCUUGGAACUACAAGCCACAAAUUCGGUAAGCAUGCUGAUGGUGCUCUCUACUCCCUGUUAAGCUGUAAUCCGAGUUCCAACUCAUCUCACGCCUGUGGUCCUUACAUGAAACCUAUAUGCUCCGAAGUCAGCACAACGUUCACCGUCAAGCACGCCGAUCGGUAUCUGUCAUCCGUCCUCUAUUUGACGGAAUCAUUCUAUUAUGUGCUUCAGCAAUUGUUUGAGGAGUGCAAUAGCAAGUGUGGCAAACCGGGGACUAGAUGCAGUACGCAGAGCUGCGCAAAGGGCUGUGAAAGGCAACAGACCAAAAGAAGUGCUGACCCGAGUCACGAUCACGCCUGCAUUUCUGUUGUUAGCUGCCAGUCGACGCUACCCAUAUUAUACAAGUAUGGAUUUACUUUCCGAGACGCAGAAUCGCUAAAUGGAGCCAAGCGUAUCAACACCAAAAGGACGUGCGUCGAAUUUUGCAAGACAUUAGGGAAUGUUGUAAAACCAGGAAGCGUGCUCUACAACCUUGUGCACAAAACUAUCCCUGAAUUCCUCUUCAAAAUUCGCGCCCCCUUCAUCUGGCUCAACGUCGCCCUCUGGCUCCUCUCUUUCCUGUACCUGCUCCACAUCAUGGUCAUCCGCCUCGACCUGCUGCACAUUAAAUCGCAUUUGCAUAGUCCCUCGAGUCAUAGGAUAGCUGCUCAAUCACUACUCGCCGCUGCACGUGUUAACAAGCUUAACAGAGUGUUUUAUCUGCAGCCGUAA